AUGAGCAAAGGCAGAAAAACUUCUCCAGACCCUGAUGAACCUAUAGAGGAAUAUACUGUUGAAAAAAUUAUAGACAGCAGAAUUAAUGAGCGAGGGGUUAAAGAAUAUCUGUUAAAAUGGAUUGGUUAUGAUCAUAAAGAUAAUACUUGGGAACCUGAAGGACAUUUGGAUUGCCCUAGUCUCAUUAAAGAAUAUGAAAUGAAUAAGGAGAAAGAAAAGAGUAAGAAUAAGAAGAAAGUGGAUGAAAAACGAGGGAAAGAUGAUAAAAAAGCCCAUGGAUUUGACAGAGGUCUAGAACCUGAAAAGAUAAUUGGUGCUACAGAUACAUCAGGUUCACUGAUGUUUUUGAUGAAAUGGGUCGGUACUGACGAGGCCGAUCUCGUACCAGCUAAGCAAGCCAACGUGAAAUGUCCCCAGGUAGUAAUUAAGUUUUAUGAAGAGAGACUAACUUGGUCUGCCCCACCAUCAGAAGAUUACCGAAAUUAA